CCAUACAACUUCUUCUUCUUCCCAUCACCGUCAAAUGCAAGAGAGCCUUCCCAAGGGCCUUGCCAGGUAAUCAACGCACGCAAACAUGGACGUUCACAUGUCCGGUAUGCCUGCCUCGGCAGCCUCCUCCUCCUCCUCGCUGCCCAUCCACCGGUUGCGCUUCCUGCCCGUCUCACCUUCUGCGCCCACUGCUCUUGCUCUCUCCCCGGAACCCGUGGCAGCGACUGGCAGAAGCCUUCUCGCUAUCGGACGGCAGAAUGGGUCCAUCGAUCUCUGUACAUGGGUAGCAGGUCAUCAUGGUGCCGUCGCCAAGGGCUGGUUGCCUCAGACGACGCUCCUGCCAUCCGGGACCUCGCCCAAGAAGAUCGAGUCACUGGCCUUCGCGAUCACUUCAGGGGAGGAUUAUGGACCAAACAAGCUGCGUCUGUUCUCUGUCUCGGGUGGAAGCAUGCUCACAGAGCACUAUCUGCCAGCCGAAUAUGGGCCGUCCGCCCGCUUUGCCCAGCGCUCCGCAUCAAGGAAGAGUCCAAUCGAGAUUCCAGGCACUGCGCGGAUCCUCUCUUCGCAGGGCGGCGUCAUUUGGUGCAUGUCCGUCUCACCACUAGCUCGCUAUGUCGCCCUUGGCUGUGAAGAUGGUCAUAUCCGGAUGAUCGACAUCCGAGACAAUCGAUUCGAGCAUCUCUCUCACACCAAUGCCGCAAAGGCUGGCGUGGGAGAGUGUGUUGCGAAGACGGACAUGGCAAAGACCCGAAUCGUCAGUCUGGCCUGGGGUCCACCAAACAAGAAGCAAAAGACGCUCACGCCUGCUCAGAAAGCCCGAACUACAGCUGCUGCCCAGACGACCUCCGAUUCCGACUCGGAUUCAGACGAGGAGGAAGACGACUGGACAGAGUCAUUUUUGUUGGCAGGUACAACCUCUUCGCUCGCCCUCAUUUAUGCACUGCCCACUGGUCGAGUCUCACAGAAGCUGCUGUUGCCCAAGGCCAGGAACGAACAAACCAUCGUCUGGAGUGUCACUGUCCUGCCAGACAAGACGUUGGUCACUGGAGACUCGCUCGGGUUUGUCACCCUCUAUGAUGCUAAGAGCCGAGUCCCCCUCUCGGACGGCCGCUUCCAGGUCCACGACAAGGGUGCUGAUAUCUUGUGCCUUACCGUUGGAUCAGAUGGCAAGACUCUCUACAGCGGCAGCGUGGAUCAGAAGGUGUCUGAGUUCGCCUUGCUCGGCAAGAAGUGGGUCCAUACAGCAACAAGACGUCUUCAUGCCCACGAUGUCAAGGCGGUAGUGGUCGACCCUCCUCUAUCGCCAAUCAGGACUCAAAGGUCUACGAUCACGCCCAUUCUGAUCUCAGCGAGUGCAGAUUUCAAUCUUGUGUUGACUCCCGCUGCGCCGCCUUCGGAGGGCAGCAUAAUCAAGUCGAAGGGCAAGAAAGCGGGAAAGACCGGGGAAGCAGCGCAAUCGCCAUCGUCCAAUCCAGUAUCUUCCAAUGCUUUUGUCACCUUCGCUAGCACUACGCAGAGAAGGAUGCCCUACGUUCCCGCUGCAAGUGCCGGGUCGAGUUUAGCCGGCAGUGGAGUCGGAGAUGUAUCACUGUGCUCUGCUCGAGGGUGGGCUGUGCUGAGGACAGAGAAAGCCAUCGAGAUCUGGGAGGUUCAGAAAGAGGCGGCACCAGUAGAGGCGGCAAUGCCCCCUGCUCAACCAUCGGCACCCUACCGUUGCUUGCUGCAGAUGGAGCUUACUAAGCGACGCUCCAGACUCGUCUCACACAGUGUUUCCCCCGACGGCCAGCUCUUGGCAGUGUCGGAUCUCUACGAGACUAAGCUCUACUCUCUGAAAGUAUCACUCGGGGAGCUGCAGCCGCGGAAGAUCAAGAGCUUCUCUACCAUCUUCGGCGCAAGGCAAGAGGCACCUGCUUCGAGUGCAAUGACCUUCACGGCAGACGGACGUCUGGCUUUUGCCAGCUGGCCAACAGGCUCUGUGUACAUCGUAUCAGUCUCUGCAACGGCUGACUGCAGUAUCGUCAAGGCUUGGUCAGCAUCCAAUGCCGUACAGGGCCGGCGAGCAGUCACUGGCCGAGGAGCCGCAAAGGCAAACGGUCAAGUCAAUGGCCACUCCAACGGCCAGUCGGCGGCGUCCUCUGGAUCAGAGUCUGACUCUGAUGAGGAAGACCAAGGUAACAAGAGCAUGAGUCGCAUCGAUCACCUCGUUGUCACUCCGGAUCUGCAAUUCCUCAUCUGCACAGCCGGUCAGCAUAUCUUCAGCUACAAUCUGGAUGUGCUGUCACCUCACCCGCGCCUUCUGCCCUCUUUGCCGUGUCGACCCGUCGGUAUCGCUUGUCACCCGAACAAUGCGGACGUUGCUGCCGUGGCCUUGCAAGACGGCAGCAUUCGCAUUGUUCAUCUCGAGGAAGGCGCUAGCAGUGAACAGCCCAAAUGGAAAUCACUCGCAAAGGCGAUUGCUAACAAGGUUGCAUCUGUCAGGGACGGGCCGAGUGGGAUCAAGUGGGUGAACUCGCCUGCUGGUGCAAUUCUAGUGCUUCAUGGAGCAACUUGGCUCCUGACUGCCCGGGAGAACCCCAAUGUACCUCUCCAAGGCGACAGCAGUGUCGCCGGCGUCAAUGGCGCUGCCGGUACGCGACGCAGGACUCGUCUAGCAGUCGAAUUGACUUCAUCUUCGGAAGACGACCGCCAGGGUCGAGACGGAGCGGAGGCAGACUCGCCCUGGUGGACGAUCCGAUCCACGUUCAGGUACCAGCCACUGGUGCACGUCGGGCCACUAAGACCGAUGGGCAGUGAGACGUCAGAGGAAGGACUGGCAAUCAUUGAGAGGCCCUUCUUCGAAUUGGCUAGGGAUCUUGGCGGAGCAUGGAAGCGGCAGAGGAAGUUCGGGCAGUGAUCGGGGCGUAUGCAAUGCAAUGCAAUUGCUCCACAGCGAGUGGGGUGAAGGAGGAAGACUUCUCCGGCGGGCGCUGAAGAGAUUUCCGGCUCGGUGAUCUUCGGCGAUCCAGCCACUCCAUUUUCGCCGAGUCCAGAUGUCCGAGGGGAAGGUGUCUUCCGACGCUUGAAUUUCAUUCAUUACUAGCCGCA